AUGCCGUCGAUCUGGCGGCCGAAUGUGAGAGUGUCCCUCGACGAGGACGGUGAAGUCGAGGACACGGAGCGAGGUGGAGAGGAGGCGACGAAGCAGGGGACGAAGCGGAAGAGAGCCCCUCCCACGAAGGGGCCAUGCGAGCACGGGGUGAAGCCUCGGUCGCGGUGCAAGGUGUGCGGUGCUUGUCCGCACGGUCGUCAGCGCUCUCACUGCAAGGAGUGCGGCGGGUCGCAAAUCUGCGAGCACGGUCGUCAGCGCUCUUCAUGCAAGGAGUGCGGCGGGUCGCAAAUCUGCGAGCACGGUCGUCAGCGCUCCUACUGCAAGGAGUGCGGUGGGUCUCAAAUCUGCGAGCACGGUCGUCAGCGCUCUCUGUGCAAGGAGUGCGGUGGGUCGCAAAUCUGCGAGCACGGUCGUGAGCGGUCUAAGUGCAAGGAGUGCGGUGGGGGGUCAAUCUGCGAGCACGGUCGUCAGCGCUCUCAGUGCAAGGAGUGCGGUGGUGCGUCAAUCUGCGAGCACGGUCGUGAGCGGUCUAAGUGCAAGGAGUGUGGUGGGGGCUCAAUCUGCGAGCACGGUCGUGAGCGCAGAUACUGCAAGGAGUGCGGUGGGGGGUCGAUCUGCGAGCACGGUCGUCAGCGCUCUUACUGCAAGGAGUGCGGCGGGUCUCAAAUCUGCGAGCACGGCCUUCGGCGCUCUCGGUGCAAGGAAUGUCGCGCGGUGAAGAGUGAAACAUGA